GAAAAACACAAUAAAAUAAGUAACAAAAAUGAGGCCAAUUAGAAAAUUCAGAUGUCAAUACACAAUCAGUUCAAUGCACCGCGUCUGCUCCACAGGUUCAUAAUUCUCUCUCUCUCUCUGGCGCCGUUUUGCUGGUCUCUCUUUGCCUCUUCCCUCUUAACUACCUCUCUCUCUCUCUCUCUCUCUCUCUCUCUCACACACACACACACACAGUGACAGAGUUUCUGCUCUAAGCCCCAAAAUCAGCUUAAUUUUACGAACUCCGCGCAAUUAUUGAAGAUUACAGACGGGGAAUUAAGUUCGAGAUUGAAUCUAAUCACUGGAGAGGAGCUGAGAUUUCUGCUUAGCCGAUUAAUGGAUUUUGCUUCGGGUGAUGAAAAUGCAUCGAUUUCCGAAGCUCUUCUCCCAUAGGUCGGAGCCGCGCAAGAGCGGCGCAGAUUCCAGCUCCAGCCGCCGGCCGGCGAAGCCGAAGAGGCUCGAACGGAGCAACGCACUCAGGAAUGUCAACUACGAGUUCUCUCUGUCUAGUUCAGCUUCGUUUUCGUCGCACUCGCCGGAGGAGUCGCAGCGUGCGAGCUCCUUGGAUUUGUACAGCGGGAAGACGACGAGCUUCCGUGUGGAUGGGACCGAGGGCGAAUUUCAGGUUAUCUGCGAAGCCUUCGGUUUUUCCGGAAUAGACGAUUUCGCCAUAUCGCCGGAGGAAUAUGAGGCGAUGAAGGUGGGGUCUUCUACCCCUGGUAUGGUUAGUAAGACAUUGGAGCCUUUGUAUCAGGAAACUGAGGUUGAUUGUGAUGAUGUUGUGAAAUUUUCUUAUGGUAAUGGUUAUAUUGGGGCUAUUGAUGUGAUUGAUCGGAAAAUAGAGGGUUUAUCUGUUGGAAAUUUAGAUAAUAGUUAUGGUUUAGCUAGUAAGAAAUUGGGGGAAACUUGUGAUUUUGGUUAUUCGAAUAGGGCCAGGGGUGUUUCUGAGCUAUCAACGAGAUUAGAGGAUGGUGUAAGUUUUAAUGAUAAAUUAAGUGUGAGAUCAAAAGCAUCUCGUAUGACUGGUAUUAAGGGGGCACGGCCGACUAUAGUGGUACCCGAUUGGGAUACAUCAACAAGAUUUCUGCAGGAGCGUGAUCCGCGUAUCCCAAAAUUCCAAAGCAGAUUCUUCUCGAAUAAGGAAGAGAUUGAGGUAGUUGGUCGGGAUGGGACCGAGCUAGAGAAGGAUGUGAAGGUAGGGGCAAUGAUAACAGAAGAGAACCGUGCAUUAUCAGAGUCGUGCUCUUUCUCUUCAAAUGAGGACGAUUCUUCAAGCUCCAUGACUGAACCUAUGUCUAGCAUUUCAUCUAGUGAGAGAUACGGACGCGUUAUUCAUGACUGGCAGAAGGGUGAGCUUUUGGGUCGUGGGACAUUUGGAUCUGUGUAUGAAGGAAUUGCGGAUGGUGGAUUCUUUUUUGCUGUAAAGGAAGUAUCUUUGCUUGACCAAGGAGAGGACGGAAAGCAAUGUGUCGUCCAACUUGAACAGGAAAUUGCUCUUCUGAGUCAAUUUGAACACGAGAACAUCGUCCGGUAUUACGGGACAGAGAAGAAGGGGUCGCAUCUCUGUAUUUUUCUUGAGCUGGUCACACAAGGCUCCCUUUUGAGACUUUACCAGAAGUAUGACCUUCGAGUUCCACAAGUGUCUGGUUAUACAAGGCAGAUUCUACAUGGUUUGAAGUAUCUGCAUGACAAAGGUGUCAUCCAUAGAGAUAUAAAAUGUGCAAAUAUAUUGGUGCACACAAAUGGUUUGGUGAAGCUUGCUGAUUUUGGUCUUGCUAAGGUUGCCAAGUUGAAUGAUGUGAAGUCUUGCAAGGGGACUGCAUUUUGGAUGGCUCCCGAGGUUGUUCGGAGCAAGGGCUAUGGGCUUGCGGCAGAUAUAUGGAGUCUCGGAUGCACAGUCUUGGAGAUGUUGACCAGACGUUUUCCUUAUUUCGGUUUGGAAUAUAUGUCAGCAUUAUACAAGAUAGGACAGGGCGAGAGACCAGAUGUCCCUGCAACUCUUUCAAGUGAUGCACGGGAUUUCAUACUUCAGUGCCUACAAGUUGACCCAAGCUUGCGGCCAACAGCUGCCCAGCUCCUGGACCAUCCCUUUGUGAAGCGGCCGCUUUCAUCAUCUGCUCACAGUUUUGGCUGGCAGUUUUGAGAAUCGAGGUCCAUGGUGUGUAUGUACUACAAAACCUGAGGAAUUCGCAUUGUUUUGUGAAUAUGAGGCUCAAGAGUUUCCACUCUUCACUUAUUUGAAGACAUUUCGAUUUUGCCAGAUAGGAACUACUUUCUGUAAUCUCAUUCAUGCUCUGCUUGGUCUCUCUUUCUCUCUCUCUUUGUAUGUUGAUUGUUAUGUAGUAUUGUUAGUAUAUGUGAUCUUGUAAUUAAGUGUAUAUAUAACUGUUAAAUGUUAAUGAUGCUCUUCUUUUAUUCUACAGAA